CUUUACCGCCCAGCCCAUGUUCCAAUACGAUAUUAGGGUUUUGAAGUCUCUCUGUGUGUCUCUCUCAGAACAAGAGGAUCUCACUUCUAAGAGCGCUUGAGCGAGGCUGAGCCACUUCCCCAGAGAUCUCUAGCUCACAACACCAAAAUGGCUAGAGGAUUGAAGAAGCAUUUGAAGAGGCUCAAUGCCCCAAAGCAUUGGAUGCUUGACAAACUUGGUGGUGCAUUUGCUCCCAAGCCUUCUUCUGGACCUCACAAAUCAAGGGAGUGCCUGCCAUUGAUCCUUAUCUUGCGAAACAGGUUGAAGUAUGCUCUCACAUACCGUGAGGUCAUUUCCAUUUUGAUGCAACGCCAUGUACUGGUUGAUGGGAAGGUCAGGACAGAUAAAACCUAUCCUGCAGGUUUCAUGGAUGUUGUAUCAAUCCCCAAAACGAAUGAAAAUUUCCGUCUCCUUUAUGACACCAAGGGUCGAUUCCGUCUCCACUCAAUCAGGGAUGAAGAGGCGAAGUUUAAGCUAUGCAAAGUUCGCUCUGUGCAGUUUGGGCAAAAAGGUAUCCCAUACCUGAACACCUUUGAUGGACGAACCAUCCGCUACCCAGACCCUUUAAUCAAGGCCAACGACACAAUCAAGCUGGACCUGGAGAGCCAAAAGAUCACUGAGUUCAUCAAGUUCGAUGUUGGGAAUGUAGUCAUGGUGACAGGUGGAAGGAACAGAGGACGAGUUGGAGUCAUCAAGAACAGGGAGAAGCAUAAGGGGACUUUUGAGACUGUCCAUAUUCAGGAUGCCACUGGGCAUGAAUUCGCAACUCGUUUGGGCAAUGUGUUCAAUAUUGGCAAGGGGACAAAACCAUGGGUAUCCCUUCCCAAGGGUAAGGGUAUUAAGCUAACCAUCAUUGAAGAGGCCAGGAAGAGGCUUGGAGCCCAAACAGCGUCCACAUCAUAAGAUAUUGUGGUAAAAGUUGUCAUGAAGUUUAAAAGUGUUAUUUUGUAGUUUGAUCCUGGAUUUUGGUUCCAAUUUUUGUCAUGUUUUCCAUACUUUAAAGUUGAACAGCCGAUCUUAAACUUUUGUUAUUUUGAAUUAAAUUUUGCUGGACUAACUAA